GAUAAUAACAUGAACAUGUUCUGGCGUUUUCGAAAAGCGUCUUCUGCAAUGGUUUACGCUUGCAAUGCAAUAAAUUACCCGUAUAAAGGCUCCAGAACUACAGUACACGACACACAGCCGCUAAGCUCACGAUGAGAAGUCACAUUUUGCACAAGGUAAAUGCAUAACGUCAAACUAUACAGUAAUGUUGGAUAACGACAUUUUACCUAGAAUUUAGAAACUGCACGGAGUAAUACGAAGAAAAUGGAGCCUUGCAUCUUCCAUACGGACAAGACCGGGUUUGAAUGCUUACGGCGACAGUUACAACUAUUGAAGGUUUUACCUCGUCACCUGUCUCAACGCCUUGCGAUGGCAGUCUGUUCGUGCAGGAAGACACGCACAACAACAAUCAACAUAUCAAAUGAAGAGUUUUCAGAACUAAAACAGACCUUAAAGGGACAUUUCAACCAAUGGAUCAACACAACCUCUUCAUCUGCUUUGGCAGUUGCUUGUAACAUUCUCCAUACAGACUCUUCUCCAACAUCAAGUGAAAAGCAUCUUCUGUAUAUCAUUGACCGCGCCUUAAAUGGGGACUUUACACUCCUGGAGGCAGAAAAGGAGACCUCUAGACGGAGCACUGUGACCAAAGAUGCCGAACCAAGCUGUGGAAGCGACAACAGUGACAAUGCUGUUAAACUGACGAAGAGACAAAUAGGUCUGAUGGUUAAGAAGCGUAAACGCAAAAUGCCCAUUAAAGAGGGAGUCAGUAUUCCACUACACAGAAAUUACAUUGAGCCGCUUCAGAAGGUUGUUGGCGCGCGCUUUGAGAAAAUAUGUCAGAAAUUUAAAUGUGUCGUAGAGGUUGACUGGGACGCCACAAACAGCAACAUGCAGAGUGAGGUCAAGCAGACGAAGUUGUUGGUGUGGUGUCGGUCAAGUCAGACAAUCAGUGACAUCAGACGUUACCUGCUGGAGAUUCUCAACGACAGGCGACUUGUACAGAACACACUGAAUAUGAAGAGAUAUUCGCAUGUUAACGGAGAGACAGAGAUUGUGCGAGAUAUUGUUCUCAGUUAUCAGCUGACAGAUCACUUUACUGAGAAAGUCCUUGGUCGGAAAAGACACCGCAACAGGACGUGGCAGUGCCGUCAGCGUGUCAAGUCACUCCCGUCGGUGCUGGACACGAUGCUAUGUAGCAGGUGUCAUCAACCCUACUCUGAGGUUCUGGUCAAGGAUACACCCUGCAACUUCCACCCGGGACAGAGAGAUGAAUCAAACGGUGAGCUUAUCUGGAACUGUUGCCACAAGCAGUCGGAGUAUGGAGACAUUGCAGACGACCAUUUGUACACUGGUUGCUGGACUGGCAGUCACAUGUGGGAUUCCACCAGCUUGACAGAGGCCCUCACCCCGAGUUCUGCGACCAAGGUUCCAGUCAAGCAGAGGCACAAGAUGAACUGGGCAGUUGUUGGCUAUGUGAAGGCUUUCUGAUCAGUGACUCUCUAGCCUAGAUCCUCCUCACAACCAAGGUUCCUGUCAAGCACAAGAUGAACUGGGCAGUUGUUGGCUAUGUGAAGGCUUUCUGAUCAGUGACUCUCUAGCCUAGAUCCUCCUCACAACGCCUGCUACUGAGGUUCCUGUCAAGCACAAGAUGAACUGGGCUGUUGUUGGCGACAUCAAUGCCUUUCAUCAAUGACUUGUCUUGACCAGAAUGAUCCAAGUACUUGUCACACAAAAAGAAACUAUGAGGAAUUCAGUGAACAGACUUGCUUUACUGUUUGUUUUUAACAACAUAUUCAGCAACAUUGCAGCUGUAUGCUGACUAUCUUUUGAUAAUCAAGUUUGGACCAGAAAAUCCAGUGAUUCCCAUGCCUGUGACAGUGAGAGAACUGAUACAUGUGUGACAGUGAACCAUGCUAGAUAUGAAAUAUGAAAUAUGCUAGAUUUCUUAUCAGUGAAUAUAAUAGAUUCCGGUACAUCAUUUGUAUUUGUAAUACAGAUAAAUGGUGCCAUUUUCGCUUGGCCUUGACCUUCAGCUCAAAACUGUGCUGAGUAAUCCUGUAUCUGUUUCUACGAUGACGGUGUUGACCAUGACAUGUUAUGUAAUAUAGCAAACGAAUACAUGGACCAAUGUAUUUUCUUGCUUUGCAUUGACACAUUUCUGCAAAAUGGGAGUCUAAAAUGUUACAACAGAUCUGUGUGUUAUGCUUUUUCGACAUGUUUCAUAUGCAUUUUUAUAGAAAAUUUAACUAGAAUCAAGCCUGACAAUAUGUGUCGUAGACUCAUCACAGACUCCUAGAUGUAGUAUGAUUUUAAGGCAAUUUAACCUAAUAACACUACAUAAAGGUGAGCUUCUGUACCUCUCACCAGCCACCAUGUACAUGUAUAAAUUAUGUAAUAUAUGAAACGAAACAUGUCAAUCUGCACCAAUGACUUUUAUCUGUCCUACAACGAUGUCAGACGUAUUAAACCUUACCUGUGCUAUGAAAAAA